GUGAGCUUCAGCAUCGAGGCCAAGGUGCGGGGCUGCCCCCGGGAGAAGGAGAAGUCCUUCACCAUCAAGCCCGUGGGCUUCAAGGACAGCCUGACCGUGCAGGUUGCCUUCGACUGCGACUGCACCUGCCAGGCCAGGGCCGAGCCGCACAGCCGCCGCUGCAACAAUGGCAACGGGACCUUCGAAUGCGGGGUGUGCCGCUGCGGGCCCGGCUGGCUGGGCUCCCAGUGCGAGUGCUCUGAGGGGGACUUCCGGCCCUCCCAGAAGGACGAGUGCAGCCCCCGCGAGGGCCAGCCCGCCUGCAGCCAGAGGGGUGAGUGCCUCUGCGGCCAGUGCGUCUGCCACAGCAGCGACUUCGGCAAGAUCACCGGCAAAUACUGCGAGUGCGACGACUUCUCCUGCGUCCGCUAUAAGGGCGAGAUGUGCUCAGGCCAUGGUCAGUGCAGCUGUGGGGACUGCCUGUGCGACUCUGACUGGACUGGUUUCUACUGCAACUGCACCACGCGCACCGACACCUGCAUGUCCAGCAAUGGGCUGCUGUGCAGUGGCCGUGGCAAGUGUGAGUGUGGCAGCUGCGUCUGCGUCCAGCCGGGCUCCUACGGGGACACCUGCGAGAAGUGUCCCACCUGCCCCGAUGCUUGCACCUUCAAGAAGGAAUGUGUGGAGUGUAAGAAGUUCGACCGGGGAGUCCUGCAUGAGGAAGAUACCUGUAGCCGUUACUGCCGCGAUGAGAUUGAGUCAGUGAAGGAGCUUAAGGACACUGGCAAGGAUGCAGUGAACUGCACCUACAAGAAUGAGGAUGACUGUGUCGUCAGAUUCCAGUACUAUGAAGACUCCAGUGGCAAGUCCAUCCUGUACGUGGAGGAAGAGCCUGAGUGUCCCAAGGGCCCUGACAUCCUGGUGGUCCUGCUGUCUGUCAUGGGGGCCAUUCUGCUGCUCGGCCUUGCCACCCUGCUCAUCUGGAAGCUCCUCAUCACCAUCCACGACCGGAAAGAGUUUGCCAAAUUUGAGGAAGAGCGAGCCAGAGCAAAAUGGGACACAGCCAACAACCCACUGUACAAAGAGGCCACGUCUACCUUCACCAAUAUCACCUACCGAGGCACUUAGUGAGCAAGCAGUAAUCCUGAGAUCGUUACCAGACUGUGCUGGGAUUCUGAGAGUCUCUGAUGUCAUGUUUACAGAGGACGGUGUUUGCCGACCCGGACUUGGGGCUUGGCGUGGGGAGGGAUUGGGAGAA